UUAUUUGUGGCUCAAACAGAUAAUAUUGAGACAUCUUCAUGUAUCACAACACCCCCACAAGUGAACUUUCUGUUAAAUGGAAAAGGAGUGGAUAAAAGGACUAAUGUGUUCAUGGACACUGGUCCACAGCUUCCAACUGUCGUGAUGCAUAUGCUUAAAUAUGGAACAAAUCUUCUUCAAGUUGUGGGUCAGUUUAGUGGAAACUAUAUCAUAGUGGUUGCCUAUAUGGGCGUGAUUUCAAACCUUGAUCGUCCUGUCCUACAAGAUUGUGUUCAGCCUGCUGUUGCUGCACUGGAUUCAGAUUCUGAGAUUAUUGAAGGGCCAUCACGAAUUUCACUAAAUUGUCCAAUAAGGUAUGCCAUUAUAUGUGUUGCCGACAAACUUUGCUGUUCAUUUAUCUUCCGAGGUUGACUGUAAAUUGCUCCUUACUUCCCCUCCCUAGUUGUAUUAAUCUUACAUGCAGUUUUUUUG